UCACUUCAUUUCUUCACUUCAACCAAGAACAUUGUAAACUCCAUCUUAAUUCCCUUCCUCCUCCCCAUCGGCUUCCAGUUUUAGUCUCAUCCUCUAUUUGUCGAGUAACAAUGGCUGCGAACGCAAUCGAACAGGACGUCGCGAAGAUCGAAGAGGGCCGCGCCGCCGCCCCCGCUCUGCCGCCGACGGAGGCCUGUCGCGACGUUGGGUUUUGUUCCUCCCCCGUAGUCGUGAGCAUCGCGCAGAAGUUGAUCGCGGAGGUGAUCGGAACGUACUUCGUGAUAUUCGCGGGAUGCGGGUCGGUGGCGGUGAACAAGAUAUACGACGGAGUAGUGACGUUCCCGGGGAUAUGCGUCACGUGGGGCCUCAUCGUCAUGGUCAUGAUUUACACCGUCGGCCACAUUUCCGGCGCCCACUUCAAUCCCGCCGUCACCAUCGCCUUCACCAUCUUCCGCCGGUUUCCGCUUUGGCAGGUUCCUUUAUACAUUGUAGCUCAAGUAACGGGAUCCAUUCUUGCGAGUGCCACAUUAUAUCUGGUGUUUGACAUAACUCCUAAAACUUAUUAUGGAACAGUACCAGUUGGAUCUAAUGCACAAUCUUUAGUCCUGGAAAUAAUCAUCUCCUUCCUUUUAAUGUUCGUGAUCUCUGGAGUUGCUACGGACAACAGAGCAACUGGAGAAUUGGCAGGGAUUGCUGUUGGAAUGACAAUUAUGCUGAAUGUCUUUGUGGCUGGGCCUGUUUCUGGAGCAUCCAUGAACCCUGCUAGGAGCAUUGGACCAGCUGUGGUUAACCAUGUAUACAAGGGGCUUUGGGUCUAUGUAGUAGGUCCAAUUGUUGGAACCAUAGCAGGAGGGUUCGUGUACAAUUUAAUGAGGAAGACAGACAAGCCCCUUCAUCAGCUGACCAAGAGCACUUCCCUCUUCAACACCUCUGCAUGAAAUUACAGAGGCCUGUAGUAAUUCUAGGUAGCUCCAUGCAUGCAUGCCCAUCUUGCACCAGUAUUGCUGCCCUUCCAUGGCUGUAAUUUGGAAGCAAAUGUGUUCACUUUUUAUCUUUUUAAUUAUUUUAUGUUUGGGAGUUCGGAGUUUAAGCUUAGAUUUUGAAUUUAGAGUUGAAUUUGUCGUGCGAAUUUGGAUAAAAUGUAUUAUCGAACUCUAUCCAAAUCAACACAAAUUCAAAACAAACAAUAAAUAUUCAUGCUCCGGUCCGAUCCGAGCACAAAUAUUAACUUUGUUAAUGUUAUGUCGUGACGUGCUGGUAUAAGUUUUUUUGCUUUUUGGGAACAAUGUAAUUUGAUCGAGUUCGCAUAGAGCAAUGUGACAUCUGUUUAGUA